CUCGCAUGCUUUUCCCCCGCACCACGGAUCGCCUCUCGGAUGCCGCUUCCUGGGGAGCUGUGCUAAGAGCGAUCGGCGGCGGUGGCGGUGGCGGCGGCAGCUCGGGAGUGCUAUGACCGGCAAACUCGCCGAGAAGCUGCCGGUGACCAUGAGCAGUUUGCUAAACCAACUGCCUGACAAUCUGUACCCCGAGGAGAUCCCCAGCUCUCUCAACCUCUUCUCCGGCAGCAGCGACGCGGUGGCUCAUUACAACCAGAUGGCUACAGAGAAUGUGAUGGACAUCGGUCUGGCGAACGAGAAGCCCAACCAGGAACUCUCUUACUCCGGCUCCUUCCAGCCCGCUCCGGGCAACAAGACGGUGACCUACUUGGGGAAGUUCGCCUUCGACUCCCCCUCCAACUGGUGUCAGGACAACAUCAUCAGCCUCAUGAGCGCCGGCAUCCUAGGGGUGCCCCCGGCCUCCGGGGCGCUCAGUACACAGACCUCUACCGCCAGCAUGGUGCAGCCGCAGGGCGAGGUGGAACCCAUGUACCCGGCGUUGCCCCCUUACUCCAACUGCAGCGACCUCUAUUCUGAGCCCGUGUCUUUCCAUGACCCUCAGGGCAACCCCGGGCUCGCCUAUUCCCCCCAGGAUUACCAGUCGGCCAAGCCCGGUUUGGACAGUAACCUUUUCCCCAUGAUCCCCGACUACAACCUGUACCACCACCCCAACGAGAUGGGAUCUGUCACGGAGCACAAGCCCUUCCAGAGCAUGGAUCCCAUCCGGGUCAACCCGCCCCCCAUCACCCCCCUGGAGACCAUCAAGGCUUUCAAGGACAAACAGAUUCACCCCGGCUUCGGCAGCUUGCCCCAGCCGCCGCUCACUCUCAAGCCCAUCCGGCCCCGCAAGUACCCCAACCGACCCAGCAAGACCCCGCUCCACGAACGACCCCACGCGUGUCCGGCCGAGGGUUGCGACCGCCGCUUCAGCCGCUCAGACGAGCUGACCCGGCACCUGCGUAUCCACACUGGCCACAAGCCCUUCCAGUGUCGGAUCUGCAUGCGCAGUUUCAGCCGCAGCGACCACCUCACCACCCACAUCCGCACUCACACGGGCGAGAAGCCCUUCGCCUGCGAGUUCUGCGGGCGCAAGUUCGCGCGCAGCGACGAGCGCAAGCGCCACGCCAAAAUCCACCUCAAACAGAAGGAGAAGAAGGCAGAGAAGGGGGGAGCGGCCUCCGCCUCCUCGGCGCCCCCUGUAUCUCUGGCUCCCGUCGUCACCACCUGCGCCUGAGGACCUGGCUCCGGCUCCAGACCCCACUUUUCCCCUCCAGUGCCUCCCCGUUGCUGCCUUGAAAGUAAUGGGGCACCCCGCCACGGAGGCGCAGGGGCCGCGCCCUGGCCUCUCCCUGGACGCACGGCCCCCAACUCCCCUAUGAUGCUUCCUACCCACCCCCUCGGCACUAGCCUAGGAUUAGGGGUCCAGAUGGGGGAAUCCUCCCCCUCGCCGCCGCCCUUCACUGGGUAGGGGGGUGUGGAAAGGUGGCGUCUAGCCCGCUUUGUUCAACUCGGAUCGCCUUGAUCCACGGGGGGCAGGUGGGACUCACCAGGGACCUUACGAAGACUUGUGGGUGGGGUAAGGAGCCUAGUCCGACCCUUGCACACCCCACCGCCCUCCGUCUCCACCUCCCCCGCCCCCCAUCUUGGAGACGGGGGUGGGAGGGGGGGAGAUGAGGAGCGCACCAAAGCGCAGUGCUUGCUGCCCGCCGUGUGCGCGCCUGCGUGCGCGUGUAUGUGUGUGUGUGUGCGUGUGUGUGUUAUGUAUGUAUGUUUGUGACUGAGCUCUCAACUGGGCUGUUUUACCAUCCUCCCCUCAAAAAAACUCUCCUUCCCACACCCAGUCCCCAGGCUUCUUGGAGGAGAGCCAGAGCAAAUAACUGGCGUUGGGGGUCGGCCCGCAGGGCGGGACGAGGUGGGCUUUCUUUCGUCUGAUGAGAAAUCUUUCUUAGAGAAAUGCCUCGGAUGCCGCCGCCUUGGGGUCUCCUUUGGUCUCUGGGUCUUUAACCUCUUCCCUCCAUGGCCCUCAGGGCACUUACAUCUCACCUCCCUGGAGAAGGGGGCGGCCAUAACUGAGCCUGCUUUUUUUCUUUAUUUCUUCUUUUUAUUCUUUCCAUAUAUUUUUCCCUCCUCCUUUUCCUUUCUUUUUUUUUUUAAACAAACUGACUUUUCAUCCGGUUCUGCCAUUCUUCCUUCUCUUCCUCACCCUUCUCACCAUUUUCCCAUCCCACCCCCACUUUCCCCUUCACAAACCACCCUUCUCCAGAAAGAGCAAGGCCCACCCAACUUCCAACGUUAGCUGGCCUAGCAACCCCCUUCUCUCUGCCCCGAGUGCGGUUGUAUUUUUGUUUCUCACAUACAGUGAAAAGUCACAUAUUCCACCUCUCCUCACGGAAGAGAGAGAUGGCCCUUUUUUUUGUCCUAGUCAUCACACACACAAAAAAAUGGUACAACAAAUUGAACUUAAAUAUAUGUGUGUAUGUGUGAAAACACACACAGAGUAUUCCCUUAGCCGGAUAAUAUCACUACGGUACUUGGUUAUCUGGUGCAGUGCACGUGGGUAAUCUUUAAAUAUACAGCUUUAAAUGUUUUAUUUUUGGAAGAAAUGCUAACUGGAGGAGAUUAUAUAUACAUAUAUAUAAUAUAUACAUAACUAGUAUGUAUAUGUGUGUGUUUAUAUCCAAACUUUCCUCAAAGGAAGAUGGGGAUUUUUGCAUUGACCUCUAUUGCUGGAUGAUCUUCCCAUACCCAAACCUUAACCUCUCUAUUCUCCCCCUCCCACAACUCUUUCUUCUUGCCCUAACUUGACCCCGAACCCAACUCCAAAGCAGCUCUUAAUGUGUUAUGGUGGCUCAUUUGAAGUGGAAGUAGAGGGGAAGUUGCUCUCCCCAGCAGCUUUCAGCACAGGUCUGAUUGAAUGUACCUAUUAGAUUUAUUUCUCCUGUGGUUAGGAAGCUGCUGAGAGAGGGUGUAUAGGUCUGGAGUUUACAGAGUGGGUCUGCUUUUAAAGUCACUUUAUGCAUUUCCCACCUCUCUUUUUUCUUUAAGAAGAAAAAAAGCACCUUUUCGGUGGUGGAUAAAGUAAUACUAAAGGACUUGAGAUAGAAGGAAAUGGAAAGGCAAAGGGCUGUGAAAUUUCAGGGGAGUUUUUACCUUUUCCUAAUUCCUAAGAGGAGAGAAAAGGUCUGGGAAAGGCCCACAUUUUUUUCAGCUGAAGGGUAAAAUCUUUCUUUGCAGAGACAGUAUUUUGCUGAAUACUUUUUAUAAUGUGAUAAUUAUUAAAAACAAAAACAAAACCAAAAUUUUUGGUCACUUCAAAGCUGGAAGGAGGAAUCAGAUAUCCCUUAAUAUUUUUUUCUUGCUCCUUCUGGUAUAUGCAUGUCACUGCAUGACAGCUCUGAGUUUUCUUUUGUUUUAAUAAAACUGUGCUCAGACAUUUAAGCUAAACUAAGAGGAAAAAAAAACUUUGUUGCCAAAAGGUUGUGCUAUCCAGGUUUUUAUGUCUGCAUGUAAAAACAAAACAACUAGAAAAUGCACUCUUAACUAUGUGAACUGAGAGGAACAAAACAAAAUCAGGUUUUAAACAGGAAAACCUAAGGGGAAUGAUAUUUUUUGAAAGACUUUUGUAUAAAGUUGAGUACUUAGAAAAAAGACAAACCAGAUGUAAUAUAUUUUGUGGAUGUUUUUAUUUCUUGGAUUUAUAGUACCUUAUACUAAGGUAACCAAAAGUAUGCUUGAUAUUGUGAAAAGGUGAAAUUCUUCACCAGCAUUUCAUUUGCUCAUUUGUCACAUUGUAAUGCCAAUAUGAUAUAGUUAAUGCAAACAGCAUUUUUAAAAACCGGAAUAUUGAAAUGGUGUAACGUCUUACCAUUUGCACUGUGAGCAAAUGCUAAUACAGUAAAUAUAUUGUGUUUGCUGACAAUCAACCAGGCUGUAAAUUUCAUUUCGUGUUUGGGUCUUUUAAUUCUGUAUAGAGCAUGUUUAUUUUUGUUCUUACCUUGGUUUAUUUGUUUGGUUUGGUUUGGUUUCUGGACUUACUUCCCGUGCUCAGAAAACCUUCAUAGAGAAAAUGUGAAAUGGGAAGAGGAUGAAUUUUAUCUGGGUUCUGGUGCCAUUUGGAAUCUGGAUAUAGAGGGUUUUGGUGGUUGUUGGUUUUGGGUUUGGUUGUUUUUUGUUGUUGUUGGUUGGCUGGUUGGUUUUUGGCUUUAGUUGGUUGGGUGCUGCUCUGCUGGGACACCUCGAUCUGUCUGUCCCGAGGUGAGAACCACAAAAAAGCACUCAUGGAUGCAUUCAUGGGAAACAGUUAACAGCCAGCUUUGGGAUAUUUCUACUGCCCUUAUCCCUGUUGCCCUCUGGGUUUCUACUAAUCAGUAACCUUGGAGAAAACCCCUCUUGGUUUAUGGAAUCUUGCUAAAGUGACCAGAGGGAAUGGAGAAAAGAGAAUAGAACCUCGAAGGUUCUCUGCAGCCAUGUUGAGACUCUCUUGCUUGAAGCUUUGUGAAAACAGAAAAUGGGAGGAUUACUUUGCCUACAGCUUGACUGAAGACUUGGGAGGGAGAGCUUGGUGCCCAGGGCUCUCAAGUGUGCUGCUGGGUAGUUUGGAAACUGCCUUGGCAGCUGCAAAAGGUGAGGGUGGAUAGGGAUGGGAAGAGGAGAGCUAAAUGCAACAGCCCUAAUCCUACUGGGACAGGACUUCUGGAGCUUUGUUUCAGUCUCGUUUGGAGCUGACUGCCUGGUCUGAAGGUGGCUUUGGCUUUUGGAAAUUUUUCAUAUGGACUAACCAAGGAAGUAGGGCACAGAAGGUGCUCUUUUUUAUGUUUGGCCUUUGUUUUCUGCUGAAAUACAAGUCCGACAUUUGCUUUUUUU